AUGCCUAUCCCUUUGCUGGCCGAGGGUUUCGGCAGAGGUCCUUCAAAUAUUCCUUAUAUCUGGACCGUCGCCAAAGCAGCAGCGGCAAUAGGUGUCAUUACGCUGUUGAAACUGUACUUUGGCGGAGCAAAAUGUCGGUCAGAACGACUGAUGCAUGGGAAAGUGAUAAUAGUUACGGGAGGAACGUCAGGCGUAGGCGCCGCCGUUGUGCAAGAACUGGCCACAAGAGGAGCCCAGAUUAUCCUUCUAACCCAUCAUGCUCCCUCAGACCCCUUCCUCGUCGACUAUAUUGAAGACGUGCGGACCAUGACGAACAAUGAAUUGAUCUAUGCCGAACAAGUCGACCUCUCUUCGUUACACUCCAUCCGACUCUUUGCCACGAAGUGGGUGGAUAACGCACCCCCUCGGAGAUUGGACAUGGUCAUUCUCUGUGCCAAUGUCAUGACUCCUUUCUUCGGUACACCUCAGAAGACAAUGGACGGGGUGGAAGCCGAGUGGAUGAUCAACUACCUCAGCACAUUCCAUCUACUAAGUAUCCUCUCUCCCGCCAUCCGCGCCCAACCUCCAGACCGAGACGUGAGAAUUCUGUUCAGCGCAUGCAGCAGCUACAUUGGCGCAAAGUUGGACUUUGAAACCACGGACAAAGCCUCCAAAGCCGGAAGUGCUUCGUACGGACGAAGCAAGUUAGCAGUCAUGACCUUUGCAUAUGCAUUCCAAAAACACCUCGACGCCUAUAAAAGACCAGACAAGGAACUCAACAAUGCUCGAGCGUUGAUAAUCGACCCAGGUUACUGCCGCACGCCGGGCACACGUCGUUGGCUGUCGGGUGGUCUAAUAUGGGGCCUAUUCCUUUACCUGAUCACCUGGCCAAUAUGGUGGCUCAUUCUCAAGUCCCCAAUACAGGGCGCCCAGAGUUACCUGCUAGCCGCCAUGGAUGCCGAAUAUGGUCGAGGCGCAGGCGGAAAGAUGAUCAAAGAGUGCAGGCAGUACGAGCCAUUGAGACCGGAAGUCAAAAACGAAGAAGUUGCAAAGAAGCUGUGGGAGUUCAGUGAAAAGCAGAUCGAGCACCUGGAAAAGAUAGGUGCUAAGAAGAGGGCUGCAGCAAAGAAGGAAACAGAACAAAACAAAAGCACCGAAAAAGUCGUUGAAGCAAAUGAUGUGUCCCCGUCUUCUGGUGGAAAGGCCGAGCCGGUACCGGGUUCCAGGAGGAGUCGAAAAGCAGCAAAAUGA